ACGUGUCGGGUGAGCUUCGCGGAGGCGGAGCUUGUUAAACAAUGCUUGUUUCAUUGCAGAAGAGUUUACCGAGAGCUACAGUGGUUUGAACACAGGGCCUUCCCCCGUAUGUGCUUUCGCUCUGCGUAACUGCGGAUGGUUUGUAAAUGGAGUCUAAGAAAUUUUCCACCACACGUCUCACGGAUUUUGCGAAGAAACUGGAUUUUAUAAACUGAGUCGCCAUUUCAAGUCGGCAGAAUGCCGGAUAAGGACACUGAUUUGCCUAGGAAUCUAGGGACAUUAUAGCCAUUAAGACUGGCUUAUUCGGAUUUACCCGAUCGGACUGUUUCUUUGAUCAAGUUGGGUCAUUGUGGAUGAUGGAUGGCCGAGACUUCGGACCCCCCAGAUCUGUUCACGUACCGCCGCCCCUUCUCUCGGGGCUGCCCAUGGAGUCUCACCGACUCGGCGCGGCCGCUGCAGCCGGCAGAAUACCACCGUCUCCCGGUCAUCUGGGCGCGGGGCACCCGGCGGCUCUACACACUGGAAAAUUUCUUUCAUCGGCCAUGAACCUACAUUCUCACCAUAGUGAUGCCUUCCCAGGUGCCUCAAGCCCAUUCCUUGGCGGAUACGUCAGCGCCUCCAGCGCUCACGGGUCGUCGGAUCCGGCCUUCCGAGCUCCCAACUCAGCCAGCCUGCAAAUGGCCCAGCUCUGGGCCUCUCACCCUCAUGAAGGUUUUCCUCACUUGCCAAGCAGUUUAUACCCCAGCCCUUAUAUUCCCUUGGGCCACCUUGAGCAUCCACAGCUCAGCCAACAUGCACUCUUUGACUCCCAAAAAGAGGGGUUUUACCUGCCAGGUUCAGUGCACUCCCAGUCUGCAAUGGCCAGGAGCCCAGUGGCUCACAUGCCCUGCUCCUUCUCCAGGGAAAAGGAGGCCCUACCUCCUCACAAAAGCUCUAAAGACUCAAGCAGAGAUCUGGGAAAAGAAAAGCCCUGUAAGAGUGACCUAGGCCACUCCCUCCAAAGGAAGGAACGAGAAAGGCCAAAAGAGGAGCCACGGCCCCACAGUGUGGUGGACCUCACCUUGGAUGUCAAGGCAGAAGAUGAGCGCAGAGCGGGCAACUCAGAAAGGUCUGCGAAAACUACGGAACACGCUCGGCCAUUCUUUCACCAGCACUCGCCUGCUCUGAGCACCACGGACACUAAACCCAAACACUCUCACCAGAGUUUACAUGGCAACUGUGGGACAAGUAGCGGCACACCAGCCAGACACCCUAGUACAGAACAGGACAGGAGGGACAGGGACCGGGAUGACGAAACCAGUCGGCCAGGGGGCCACCUUUCCACUGACAAGCAGAAAAGAUGCGAUUCAGUUGCUACAUCAGCUGGCACGCUGCAUGUGUCGUAUGCUAGUCCCUCUUCCCUGCAGCCCAACCCGUCCCAUCUCCCGCCCAGGCUGGUGUCCUCUGGCACCUACCCUCCCCCUCACCACAUGCCACCCAACAUGUACCCGCUCUACUCUACAGCGAAAGAGCCAGGCAAAGAACACAGAGUGAUAGCUCCUACUUAUGUGCCUUCUGUCGAGGUUUACGAUGAGCGAAAAGGGCCAAUUCAAAUUGCCUCCCAAGCUCGAGAUAAUAAAAAUGACAAGAGCAGGGAGAGGGACUCGCACAGAUCAGCCCUGCAGGUGGGGAAUGAGAGAACACAUAUGGACCAUGGUCGGUCCUCCGUUAGGAGUGAGUCGCCCCCUCAUGGGGACGUCAAGAGAGACAUUUUACGAGAGGAAGGCUCGAUAAUUAGGUCAAAUGGUUUGGCCAUGAAAAAGCCCUUGCAUUUGGAAAUGUGCAUGAAUAAAUCUGGAAAUAGCCCAGAUGCCAGGGACUUAACUAACACUACAUCAAAACACGUGAUCAAAACGGGACUCGAGAAUGAAUCCCGCAGCCAAGAGCGGGAUAGGGUUCAAAGGUCUGCCCAUCCGUUCUCUGGAAUGGAUUCAGGUACACUUCACUCAGAGCAGCAUCCGUUGAAGGGCUUGGGUUCUGCUGAGCCCAAAUGGAAGCCUUUUGAGAUGGGCAAUUAUGCUACCAGUCACAUCGCCACAUUGGCGGCUCAACACAGCCAUGGCCCCCGAGGUGAGGAAGAGGGCAAGCGAAUGUACCUAGACACUACUGGCUUGCACAGACCGGUAGGCAGCAGCAGAAGUCCUGAGGGCCACGGGGAGGUUUCAGCCAUGCAGAGCCUCAUAAAGUACAGUGGCAAUUUUUCCAACGAGUCUGGCUCCAGGCACGGAUCCGAUAGCCGUAGUCCAUUUGGAGGACUGGGCAGCAUGAAACUGGAGGCUGGUUAUCCCGGAGUAUCCAGAGUUCAGCACCUUCCACCACAGCAGCCUGGAAAGCAGUUGAAGAAGGAACCUGAGAGACCAGAGAGUGCUAAAUCCUUUGGCAGAGACGGAAGCUCUUCUCAGGGGGAAGCGGAGGUUCGUCACCCCCCGGUGGGUAUUGCGGUGGCUGUUGCCCGUCAGAGGGACAACAGCAGCAAGCCCAGCUCGGUAUCGGACAGAGACAGGCCAAUUGGAGGAGCCAUCAAAGGCCCAAUCCACACAGAAGAAGAACAAGGAGAUGAAAGGACGCGCCACCGUGACGAGCGCCUGCUGUCGGGACGUGUGGAGCGCGAGCAGGAGAAAGUGUUAAGAGAAAAUAAAGAGUUGGCAGACUACACUCAGUUGCAUCCACCUAUGGUGUCUGCUAGUGGACUGAACCCCAACCUGAUGGUGACUGGUGGACCGACUCUGGCUGGUGCGGGCCGCUGGCCUGCUGACCCCGCCUCCCACCUGGCCUCCCACCCGUGGCUGCCCCGCCCAGGAGCCCCCUCCAUGUGGUUGUCUGGCUCACCAUAUGGACUGGGUCCCCCUUCCCUUCAUCAGGCGCUGCCUCCAGGAUAUCCUCCUGCCUUGACAGGCUCCAUCCCCCCACCUUAUCAGUUUGCCCGAGAUCCACAGACCGGGCAGGUGGUUGUUAUUCCGACAGAGCAUCUGCCACACUAUGCUGAGAUGUUAGAGCGAGGCCCCCCACUGUGGUCAGCCAUGUACCCGCCAGCAGGAAGCUCUCUACAACAUGCCCAUCAGCUCCAGCUCCUCUCCCACCAGCAGCUCCUACGGCAACAGGAGCUUUACAUGAUCCAGCACCAGACAGCACAGGUCAUGGAACUGCAGAGGAACGCACAGUUAGUGGAAAGAUUAAAUGCAAGUCAACCUAGGACAGAUUUGGAUGAAAAACCAGACAAAAAAGGAGCUGAAGGGACCAAAUCCAGUCUCUCAGGCAUCCCCACUCAAGCCCUGCACUCACGCAAGCCUCCCCCACGCUCUCCAACCCCCUCCACCUCGUAUAGAAAAGCCCUGACGCCACUGCCCGUCCCACCGUUGCCUUCGCCUGUCACCGCACUGAAGUCUGAGGAGAGACCCAAAGUGGAGAAGUCCCUCCCUCAACAGCCCUACUCUCAUCCGUCGUCUCCUGUCCCUCACUCAGUCAGCCCCGUUUCGGCAUCGCCGCCUCCCACCUCCCCCAUCCAGACCAAAGAGGAGUCUGUGGAAGUGCCUGAGAAAGAAACACUCGGUCUAAAGAAGCAAACUUCUACUCCAUUCCCAUCCAUGUACCGUGAAAUUCCUCCUGGCUACCCAUACCAAUCGAUAACGGCACCAUUCGGCAGCCAUUACCCCUACCUCCUCCAGCCAGCCGCUGCCGCAGAUGCUGAAGGCCUGGCACCAGAUGUGCCAUUGCCGGCUGAGACAUCCGAGCACUUGGCGACCGCCGCAGAUGUCAAACCCCAGCACUUGUGUUCUCCAGUGGUAGUGGAGCCACUUCAGGCAUCCAGAGAGCCAGAGUCCAUGGAUGAGGGCAGCACUGUGUUCAAAAAAGAGCCAAACCUGGAAGACGGCAAAGACAUCCUGAGCCAGGACAGCCUGAGGGUUGCACCCAUCAUCAUGCAAGACUCUAACACCCCCACAGAGGCAGAGGCCUGCCCUAGAGCCACACCAUCACCAGAGGAUGAACCAGACCAGGAAGAGGGGGAGGCUGUCAAAAUCGAAACUGCCGCCUCAAGCCAUACAGGGCUGUAUGAGACAUCUAGGCCGGAUGCUGAAAGAAUGACCAGAGCAGAAACUGCAGAGGACUCGAUUGGUCUGGUAGACCAAGUCUACAAAUCUACAUCAGGUUACACUGACACACACCUUGUGGCUUGUGACAUCCAGCCAACAAAACCACCCUCCGAUCUCUCUGAAAGCCUGAACCCAGUAGACCUCAGAGAUCCUGACACUUCACACCUGGAGUCCAAACUUGACAAUCUUUUCCUGCCUAACAGCAGCCCUCCUCACCUUCAGCCCUCUUCCGCACCGGUGGCCAUCCUGCCUGAAGACCCCAUGGCAGGCAUGUUCGCCCUGGUCACGGCCAGCGAGCUUCCGCAGGCCGGAGCAGUGUCCAUCCUGGCAGAUGCGUGUACCUCUAGGUCUGAGCUCUGUAAGGGCGUCAGUCCCCUAGAGUCCACUGCUCUGGAGGGCAUGGCCCUGCUCAGCCAGAUGGCAGAGCUGGAGAUGGAGAGGCAACCCAGAGAUGACACACAGGCUGUAAUACUCUGUGGACUGGAGAGUCUGCUGGAAGCUGGCAGGCUGGUCCUCCUUGAGGCCAUCGAGUGUCAGCCUCAGGUUAUCAUCCGCCUCCCCCGAGAGCUCAACCCUAAUAAGAAAUACAGCUGGAGACAGAAGAAAGAUGAACCUAUGUUCUCCAAAUCCUCUUUGGAGGGAAUGGAUGCUGUAGAAGUGGACUACCGUGUGAGACUUGCUGAGCUGCAGCAGCGCUACAAAGAAAAGCAGCGAGAUCUUGUCAAACUGCAGAGACGGAGAGACAAAGAAGAGAAACGUCAGCAGCAACAGCAACAACAACAGCAGCAACAACAACAACAGAUCCAGCAGCAGGAGAGGAACAGAAGUUUAGCCCGCAGGGGCCCGGGACGUCCCCGAAAGAGGAAACAUGGCCUGUGCGCACUGUCUCCACCCCCCACCAAGCUGGAUUCGAAGUGUGCAAAGUUGGGCAGAAGCGUGCUGUACUCUGAGGACUCGGAGAGUGGGGAGGUGCUGAGGAAGCGCUUUCGGGCCUCUAAUAGAGAUGAGGAGGAGGAGGAAGAUAGCAGUGCGUUGAGAUUGAAGAAGAAAAAAAAGAGCUGGGGCGAGCAGGAGGCAUCUUCAAGCUACUCUCACGAGGCAUCUAAAGUGGCCGUGAAGAAGAGCCGAGUGAGCGAGCAGGAGCAGUUGGCAUCCAAACUCGACAAGGCCUUGUCCCUCACUAAGCUCAGUAAACUCAGCAAGUCCUCUUGUAAGUUCAUCGAGGGCUCCUCAGGAAAGUCCAGGGCUAGCUCUGGAAGCAGAGUCCCCAUGCUCACCGAUUUAGACAUGAGAGCCAAGAUGGGAAAAUCCAGCCUGUCAAAAGAUCUCAGCAUCUUUCACAAGUCUUCCAAAGGAGGUAAAAGCAAAAUGGCUGCCAAAACGAAACCUUCAGAUCCAUGCCUUAAGGGAAAAGGCCAGCGGAAAAUACCUUAUUCUCCAAUGAGGUCAGAAAUCAGCAGCUUUUCUAACAACACCGAUUCAGAAGAGGACGAUUCCCUACAGGAUGGCUGGCCUCCCAGCUCCAUGUUGGGGAGAUCAGGGUCACGUCCACAGCUCCCCGGUCUGUGCAGCACUCCAACCAAGAAAAAGCGCUCAUCGUCCAAGAGAGCCUCUUCAUCUUCGUCUUCAUCACUCAAGUCCAAGCAGGCAGCCAAAGAGAGGAAACAUAAGCACUUUGCUUUAUUGCUACAGGAGGCAGGAGUCAGCUCCUCCGAGGACUCAUUUGACCAAGAAUAUUUCACCGAGCGCGAUGAUUAUGAAGAUGAUGAUGACGAGGAUGAAGAUGGGUAUGAUUAUGAGCUUGAUGAAAGCGACGGCCUGUGUUCGUCAUCUGUAGAAGAGAGUGGGCUGGGUCUUCUGGCCCGCUUUGCCGCCAGCGCUAUCCCAAGCCCCAUUGUCACCAAUCCACUCUCCAUCGUCCAACUGGAAGCUAAACAGAAAGCCAAGAAGAAAGAGGAACGGCAGUGUCUACUGGGUACAGAGUUCGAGUUUACAGAUUCGGAGAGCGAUGUUAAAAUGAGAAAGAAGUUUCCUUCACUGUUGCACGGCAAGCGGUCGGCUCCUGAGCUCCCUCUCCUGCCGCCCGCGAGUGUCAUGCGUGAUGACUCCAGCCCCAGCAAGCGUGGACGCAAACCCAAGAAACCCAAGUCUCCCCGGGAGUUCAGCUUCGACCUUACCGCCGAUGGGAGCGAAGACGAACAAUGGACCCGGCGGAGGAGUGAACGCAUCUUCCUCCAUGACGCUGCCCAAGCCACCCCCAUCUCCCCGUCCAGCAAAACUCCUCUUCCACUCACUCCCAAACCUGCCCGUGGCCCCAAAGCAUCUCCGCAGAGCCCCAAGGAGCUGGCCAAAGCCAAGGAGGUGAAAGACCCCAACAAGAAGAAGAGGAUUAAGGAGACUCCCUUGUGUCUGCCCCCACCCCAGCUCUCCAGCACGCCCUCGGAAAGUGCCGGCACUCUGCCUGUCAGCCCAGGCCGCAAGAGCAAGGUGAAGCCUAAAGCCAGAGAGGAAUUGGGGCAAAAUGUGCUUGAAUUCCCCCAGCAGGCUCGAGGGAAGGGCGGUGCUGUCAGUAAACUGAUGGAAAGUAUGGCUGCUGAUGAGGACUUUGAGCCCAACCAGGACAGCAGCUUCUCAGAGGAUGAGAAUCCCCCUGUGAGCGCUCAGCCCGAAAGACCAUGCACCCCUGCCCCUCGGAAUUGUGUCAUUAACAAAGAUGAACUGCAGGAUGGAUUACGGGUCCUCAUCCCUAUGGAUGACAAACUCCUGUAUGCCGGCCACGUCAGCACUGUUCACUCUCCUGACAUAUACAGUGUGGUGGUGGAGGGCGAGAGGGGGAACAGGCCACAUAUCUACUGCCUGGAGCAGCUGCUACAGGAGGCGAUUAUUGAUGUGAAACCCCCCUCCGUCAGAUACCUUCCCCAGGGGACCCGGAUCGCAGCCUACUGGAGCCAGCAGUACCGUUGUCUCUACCCUGGCACGGUCGUCAGAGGGACUCCAGACAUGGAAGACACGGACGAUUUGAUUACAGUGGAGUUUGACGAUGGAGACACUGGCCGAAUCCCUCUCUCUCAUAUUAGACUGCUGCCGGCAGACUACAAGAUUCAGUGUGCAGAACCGUCCCCUGCCCUCCUCGUGGCCAGUACCAAAAGGCGAGGAAGGAAGUGCAGUAAGGAUGUACCUGAUGGCAAAGAGACACCACCCAAAAACACAGAGGAGUCUGCUCCAAAAAGCCGAGGCAGAGGAAGAAAACCCAAACCUAAGCCUGAGCCUGAAGUCGCUCCAAAGGAGCAUGAAAAGCCUGACACACCAACCCUGACGCAGGUCCCUGAGAGGCCCCUGUCCAGCCAGAAAAGCGGCCCACGGCCAGGUAGAAAAAUUAAGCAAGUCGGCACAGCCAGCCCCUCCAUCCCCGUAUCUAAUGAAAGCCAGAAGAAAACCACGGGAAUCAAGCCCCCAGCCAAAGUGCAUUCCCAGCCCCAGUCUGUCUACUCGCAGCCACUCUAUGGAAAAGUUCUGUCUGUGGAUCUCUAUAAUGAGCCCUCCACUUCUCUGGCCUCCUUUAUAUCCAACAAUGAGACUCUGAGUCCCGCAGGGAAAGGAAAGCCAGUCAAACGCUUGCGAAAACCUGAAGAGGAGGCGUCUGGGUUUGGUGUGAAAAUGCAGCGCAAGCAACCUCAGACUGAGAUCCUUAUCAAGCUGGACCAUGAGGGAGUCAUGUCACCCAAAACCAAGAAGACCAAAGCCCUGAUGAUGAUGGAGGGCCAGAACAUCUCCAAAAGAGAGAAUAAGUCUGUGAUGGGUGUCAGCUACACUACGAUAUCCACUGCUGACAAAACACUGAAGGCUAAAAACAAGGCGGUUGAGGCAGAUCCACCUACUGCAAAGAACGUGUCCACCUACAGCGUUCGUAAGCUGGGGAGCGGAAGCGAAGGUCUGAUCAAGGUAAGCAACUCUGGAGAGAAGGACAAGGAGGAACUGGAGUGUCCCAACUGCAGUAGCAGUAGCAGCAGCAGCUCGGAGUCAGAUGGAGAGGAGGAGCAAGGGACCUCGCAGGAAAAGAAGCCCAAACAAGACUCAACCAGCUCCAAUAGCUCUCGGGCAUCAAGUCCCACCUCUUCCAGCUCAUCCACAAGCAGUUCCUCAUCUUCAGCUGGAUCCCACUCCUCUUCCUCCUCCUCAUCAUCAUCCACCACAAGCGAUGAAGAAUCCUCCUGUAGCUCAGAUGAAGAACCGGUCACUGGUUCCCAACCAUCCCCUGCUGCAGAACAUGCACCACCUCAAGAGGAGGAAGACGAGAAGGCCAAGGCGAAAACGGGGCCUGCUGCCAGCAUCCAUAAGCUCCAGAAGCAGCAAGCAUCUGCUACUCAGCAGCAGAAGCCCCAGAGAGAGCAGAAGGUGAAGCAGGGUGUUGGUCGCCCCAAAAGGCGAGAGGGAAUCCACCUCCCAACAACUAAGGAGCUGGCAAAAAGACAGAGGCUUCCCUCCGUCGAGAACAGGCCCAAGAUCUCCGCUUUCCUUCCUGCCAGACAGCUGUGGAAGUGGUUUGGAAAGCCUACUCAGAGGCGAGGAAUGAAAGGGAAGGCAAAGAAGCUUUUCUACAAAGCCAUAAUGCGUGGGAAGGAAAUGAUCCGUAUUGGAGACUGUGCCGUGUUCCUGUCUGCUGGACGACCCAACCUCCCAUUUAUUGGACACAUCCAGAGCAUGUGGGAGUCCUGGGGAAACAACAUGGUGGUCCGUGUCAAAUGGUUCUAUCAUCCUGAGGAAACCAACCCUGGAAAGAAACUUCAUGACAGAAAGAACUGGGAUCAAAUGUCCGGCCAAAGUCUUCCUGCUGUUCUGCAGGCUUCCAACCAGAGGAAAGACUUCAUGGAGCGGGCACUGUACCAGUCCUCUCACAUUGAUGAGAAUGACGUCCAAACCAUUUCUCAUAAAUGUCUGGUGGUCAGCCUUGAGCAAUAUGAGCAGAUGAUUAAAACUAAGAAGUACCAAGACAGUGAAGACCUCUACUACCUAGCCGGGACUUAUGAACCCACCACUGGAAUGAUAUUCAACACGGAUGGGGUUCCUGUAAUCUGCUGAGAAUCAACAAAGUGAGACAUGUGGAACAGAACCAAUGAGAUACAAGGGCUAGACAGAUGUGUGUUGGGUUUAACCAAAGUAUGGAAAUGUCCUGACAAAGACACAAGCAUCAGCUGAGAUCAGAGACUACUUCAACAGAUGUCAUGUUUGCACAUCAUUUCAAACACGUAAAGUCGAUAGUGUCGGUAUCGUGAAAUUGCGUUAGUAGAGAUUCAGUUGUUUGGCCUGUUAUUGGAGCACCUUGUUUGACCCAGUGAAGUGAUUGCAGUGGACAAAUGAUGUUCAGGAAUCUCCAGCUGAAGAGUAAAACGUGUCAAAGAAAGUGAAAGCACGUCAAAAAUGUCUCGAAGGUCAACUGCAUCUGCGCCGCUGAGCCCCAUUUGCCUCAGCCAUCACCGGUGCGGCUGGAAUGGAGGUGACACCAAUUCUGCAGGACUCGUUCUCCGGGUGAGAAGGCCUGCUUGGAACCAGCUUCCUUGGCCGUGGGACCAACAACGGAAGGAGUAAUUAAAGCUGACAGGCCAUGUCACACUUCUGCCCAGAGAGCCGUUCCCACCACAUGCUCCGCUGUCCAGUUACUACUGGUUGAACCCUGCCAGAUCUUCAAGGGCUGGCUAAUGAACUCAAACGGGUAAAAUGAAACCAGACGUAAAGCUGCGGCCCAUGUGAGAAGCACUUAAAAGAAAGGACUGAACUGUGGUCUGUGAGCCAGCAAGGACUGUUUAUUAAUAGGAAAGUGUGAGUCACUUUUCCACCGAGCGGCCCAGAAGAUCUAUCCGAAUAUUUAUAUACGAUCCUCAUCCCUCAGCCGCGGCGACAGAAAGGUUUCUUUUUACCUUUGAAGAGGAUGGAAACAGAUGCAGAUGACAUCCGUUUGUAAAUACAUGCAUACGAGCUAUAUAUGAUAUGGACAAAAACAUUUUAUUUUCGUGUACCAUAGAUUUAUGUGACGGUAAUUUUUUUAAAGCAGCAAAAGAUGAAAAAAAAAAAAAAAGCUUUAAUAAACUGUGAAUAAAAUUUAAAACGUUAACAAAUAUCAGGAACUAGUUUUAGAGUACAGAUCUUGUAAGUCGUUACUGGAAUCUCAGAUGCCCACUACAUUGACGACGUAAUGUAAUCUUGAUAUCAAAACUACUAUUACAGGACAAAUGGUUUGUAGGAUUUGACACUGUUCGAAGCCAGUUGUCCCAUAAUGCAGUUUUACAACAAAAAGCACUUAAAUUCUGCCCUUGCUCUUACACAGGACAGACUUCCCUUGACAAUCCCCUGUUCAGGUGGACGUGAAGCAAAACAGUUUUAGUUCUCUCAUUGCUUCUCAGGGUCAGUGAGAGAUGGAGAGUUUAAAAGCACCAUAUAAUCAGGCUACGCUUGCUUAUCAUGUCCGUUUUACUCGACUUUCCCUUUUUUCUAGAAUUAUCCCUCACAGAAAGCAAUUACAUCUCACGCAUGAAAGCACUUUCUUCGAAUAAACAAAUAGCAGCGGUGCAGGUGACGUUAUCUGUUAGCGCUGAAAGUUGAAAGCCGAGUUGUUUUUUGCCUUUCUCACGUCUGCGUUGUUCUCCAUGUCGACUUUUUACUCUCCGUUAUUCCAAGCCAUUUUCUGGUUCGUUCUUAAUAGCCUUAACCUUGGUCCCUAAAAGCUGCCGUGCACCGGCAGAAUCAAAGUCUGAAUGUUGUCUUUGAAAAUAGGUCCUACUGAUUGAUAUUGUGCUCGGGAGAAAGUGCCAUCAGUCAUCAGAGGCUGUUAGGACCAGGCUAUGUAUUCGCUGCUUCUCUAAUCAAGACCAGUGAAAUGUAUUUGAUUUAUGGCAUCCGUACAUGGAUGAAUAGUCUAGCAAACACCUUAUUUGCUUAAUUGUAAUUAUGGUUCUUAUUUGUGCCUCGUUUUUAUGGUUCAAAGGGGGUAUGAAUGUUUUAAGGUUAGUCCACGUGUUGUGUUUGAUGCUAAAAGGAAACCAUUUUCUCAUGUCUGUGUAUACAUGUUUUUAAGUAAUGAAAGAAAAACAAUUAGAUGAUCUGUACUAAUCUUUUUUUUUUUUUUUUUAAACAAUUAUGGUUACCAAGAUUAGAGGUUAGAGGCUACGUUUUUUUUUUCUGCAGUUGCCUAGCCAAAUUUUUUUUUUAACUGUAAUUCUUUCUACCUCCCACAUUGGUUUCAUGUUUUUGUUUGAUAUUUUCUCUUGGUGGUAUUAUUACACGUACUGCACGUGGGCUUUUAAAUCAUUGCCUGUUUUUAAUUCUUUUGCCAUGAUGAAUAUCCUCUGUGAAUGAUGUUGAUUUGAUACUUAUUGAUUCUUUCUGUCAUUUUGUUUUGUUUUUUGUUUUUUUUCCCCCGUUUUUUGAGGGAGGAUAGUGAGAUCAAGAAGGGUAUGGACACUAGAGCCUUCCAGUCUUUGUGAUUGGAAAAUAUUUGGCCUAUUCAGUAUUUUGGAAAUUUCUUUAUAUUAUAGAAAUGUUGACACUAUUACGUAUAAGUAGAACGGUCUGAAAUGUCUGAAAUAUAUAUAUUUUUUUCAUGUACGUUUCAUAUUACAUUGCCCAGUCUCUCUUAAAGAGAUAUUAUCUUGUUGAUAUUCAAUAGGUUGUAUUUCUUAACAUGUUUUAUCAUUGUAUGUGUGUCGUCUUGAGGCUUAAAACGAUAUUCAGCCUAAUCCGGUUUGGACUGUUUUUCUAAGUCACCUAAUUUGGUUGAGGAUUUUACACAUACCCAAAGCUAAUUCAAAUGCCAAAUGAUCUUCAAAUGCACAGUGAAUCUGAAGCAACAUUAAGCAAGCUCUUUUUGAUUUGACGCAGUCUUUUGUGUCAAAUGUUUUUGCCUGUUUUAGAGAGUUGUACAUUUUAAGUGCCCCUCAAAACAAACGUUUACUCAGAGCUUGAGUCAAGCUGUAAAGCACUUUUUAGAGUAUUUUUGCCUGCAUGUUUUAGAAACCUCUUAUAUGCUUCUAGGAAUAAUAUUAGAGCAAUCAACAAAAGUAUAUUUUGCUUAUUGUGACGUAGUGUAACGUGAAUGGAGGUCGGAGUCCAUUCCUUCCCCUCGGGUCACUGUAUGAGACAGUGGCCUCUGCUGGCAGCAGUCAUGUGGGAUGAAUCGCUCAUGUCCUCUGCUACUCGUCCAGGGUCUGUUUGAGUGUGUAUCUUAUGAUGUAUAAGGUUUAACUGGCUUACUAGGAAACGGUGUAUAGCCGAGUAGAAGCGUAAUAGAGUCCACUGUUUGCAUGAUUCUGUUCAACCCUUUUCGUUUUUUUUCUUUCUUUAUGACAUUCCCCCUCUCUGAACAAUCGUCCUCCAUGCUUAAUGUGCAAUACUGCUGAAUUUGGAUUCUGUGAGGUAGCUGCUAGUGAGGGAAGGAACGUGUUCAUGAAUGUGGGAGACGAGAGAGAGAAAGUUAGUGUGGACUGGAGGCUGGUCCUUCACUGGUCUUCAUCUGCUGUUCCUUCAGCAUUGGUAUGGUCCUGUUACAAAAAAAUAAUAAUAAAAUUUUAAAAAGCUAUAGUUUUGAAAUUAUUAUUUGAAAUUUUAAAGCAUCAAGGUUUUGUAAAUGAUCCUUUAUGAGAGGGGGAGAUGAGUAUGGAUAUACUUUGUACACACAUUUAAUCUUGUAAAAAAACAAAAUUACAAAAUAAAUUUUUUAAAAACUGAAACCUA